AUGCGCUGGCUGAGGGUCUGGAGCCACAUUCUCCUGCCCUUGUUCCUCUCGCUAGCUCUCAUCCAGCUGUUUAUCUCCGACCAUAAAAGUACGAAAACCCUCCAAUUCUGGAACCGGCAGUUAGAAGCAAAGCACGUAGAAAUGGACUGUGCUCAAAAGCAAACUUGUCCAUCGUGUACCCGAGACAAGAGAUGCAUUUGGUGCCGAGAAGAAAAAGUCUGCAAAAAGUACUGUUUCCCAUAUUCUGACUGCAAAUUCAACUCCAUCUUCUGGGCGAACUGUAGAGUUGACCUGUUUGGAAUCACGAUGCUGAUACUGGUUGCAUUACUAGCAGUAGGAUUCUUGUGGUAUUGCCUCGCCUACCACUUAUACAUGCAGGAGUAUGUCAUUUUACCCUUCCUAAGAGUCCGCUUUGGGAUGGUAGCACUGAAAAAAAUACUAAGAUAG